AUGGAUAUGAAAUUACCAAAAUUAUUCAAUAAAAUGAAACGUCUUGUACGGCGAUUGCCAAGCAAUGCAUUUAAUCAUUAUAAAGAGAGUGACGGAUACAUAAAUAUGCAAUUGGCAAUCAAUAAUUUAAAAAAUAUAAGUUGGACAUUAAAUAUAACUGCUAAAUAUUUGGAAAAAAUUGUAUGUGAUAUUCGCAGUUUACCGUUACCAUUGCAAAAAAAAUUAUCGAAUUUAACAAUGCUGAUUAGUGAUAUUAUCAGUCAUGGUUAUCAAAUAACUGGGCACUACAACAAUGUACAACAAAUGAAUAAUACAUGGAAUAGCCUCGAUGAUUUAUUGUUUAACAGCAACGAAAUGAAAGACAUCUUGGAAAGCACCGAUACAUUAAUCGAUGAUGCUGGAAAAGAAGCGAUCAAAAUGGUUGCAAUAAUUUAUAAUGGAAGUGUUAAUAUUAUUAAAUUCAUCCAGAAGAGUAAUCAGAAAGUGGACAAUAUUCAUAAGCAAUAUAUCGAAUCUCGAGAAUUUGAUCAAUUAGCAAAUGUGUUAUAUGCUGUAAUAGCGAUAUCUGCUUUAUGUGUUAUUACUCCUACUAUUAUUGUUGUAUUUUCUGGAAUAACAAAAUUAUAUGCAAACAGUAAAUCUUCAUCAAAAUGUUCAAAAGUUUUCUUCAAUUCGGGGCGCUAUUGUGGUCUAUUCGCUCUUGCCGGAGCGUUCUUUACCGGAUGGAUUAUAAUGCUUGUUGCUAGUCUAAGUUUUAUUUGUGGAUACAGUAUAGAAGCACUUUCUAAUCCGUUAUUUCGCGAUUCUGAAAUGCGUUUCUUCACCAUAUCACCGCUAUUUCAAUUUACUAUACAAAAUCCUAUUGACAAGAAAAAUUUCACGACAGAUAUUGGUAAUAUUAUAAAGUAUUGCAAAGAAAAUGAAACCAUUCUGUCGGCGUUAGAAUUUGAAAGAUUAAUUAAUAUCGAUGCAAUUAUAAAAAAAAUAGAUAUUGAAGAAAAGGGAGAAAAAGCAAUUGAUGCACUUAAAAAUGUAAAUUUGAAGCAAUAUUUUCCAGAACAGGUUUUUAAUGAAUUUACGGAAGAUUUUGAACAGUUAGAGAAUAUGAAUACUGAAUUACAUAAUUUUAUCAUUUCGGAUGAUAUUACAGCAUUAAAUGAAUCACUACGUGAUAAUUUGAGUUAUAUGAAUAAAAACAUAUCAAAUUUAAUCGAAGUUAUGAAUUACACCGUUGUUAUUACUCAGCAACUAAUUGAACAAUAUUUAUAUUCGAAUGAAAUAAUUAAUGAUAGUGCUCAAAUAAUUGAAAAAGAAUGUAGUAAUAUAGUUGCUAAUAUCAAGGAAUGUAUUUAUAAUAGUACGGAAUAUUUUCGAAAAAAUUCAUAUAUCUGUCGUCCUUUUUAUGAUAUUUGGGAAAAUACCGGUUUAGCGGUGAGUCAAAAAUUAAGUCGGCCAGUUCAAGGUGUUUGGAUGUCAACUAGUGUCUUGUCGCUAUCUUAUGUUCCAGUUAUUAUUCUCACAACACUCAUUAUCAGAUAUCUUGCUAGGACGAAUAGAAAAUAUGAUUUUAAAGAAAAUUCAUCCGAAAAUGCUAUCGCAAUGAGUACAACAACAGAUGCUUAUCAAUAA